AUGCGCAACCCGACUAACCUUUACCUCGUCAGCCUUGCCGUUUCCGACUUGCUGGUGCUGAUGUUCGGGAUGCCCUUGGAGCUUUACGAUCUUUGGCAAAACUACCCUUUCCCUUUUGGAGAGGGGGGCUGCUACUUCAAGACUUUUCUUUUCGAGACCGUUUGUUUCGCCUCCAUUCUUAACGUAACGGCACUGAGCGUGGAGAGGUACAUCGCCGUCUUGCAUCCACUGAAAACGCGAUACUUGUCUACUAACCAUCACGCCAAAAGAGUCAUUUCAGUCGUAUGGGUCAUGUCGAUGAUCUGUGCGAUACCCAAUACCUUGUUACACGGCAUCUUCUACCUUCCGGAACAGAGGGAGGAGUCUGCGAUAUGCACCGUUCUCAAACCUUUGUGGAUUUAUAACGUGGUCAUGCAAGUCACAACCAUCUGCUUCUAUUUCAUACCGAUGAUUGUGAUCAGCAUUCUCUACCUGGUCAUGGGGCUCCACUUGGGCCGGGACCAAUGCAACCGCAGAGGGACUUUUGACAGUAGCUACAGCAGCCACACUCGCAUCAAGAUCAGUGCGGAGAACGGACGCAGGAGGCAGGUCAUCAAAAUGCUCUCAAUCGUGGUGGCAGUCUUCGGAGUGUGCUGGGCGCCGUUCCACAUCGAGCGCCUCUUGUGGAGUUCCGUCAGCCACUGGACCGACCUGAUGCACAACAUUUAUCAGUAUGUGCACAUUCUGUCAGGGGUGCUCUUCUACCUCAGCUCAGCCGUCAACCCCAUCAUCUACAGCCUGUUGUCCACGCGCUUCAGGGAGAGUUUCAGAGAGCUGGUCUGUUCACACGUGGAAGAAAGCAGCUCAGUCCGAGGCUCACCGCCCUUUCCCAAAAUCCUCCUCCAUCCCACUCUGACCGUGUCCAGAGAGGAGCACGGAAAAGAUUGUAACGCGUACCCCCUUUUGUCCCACAACCUGUCGCUUAUAGACGCCGCCAUGAUCACAUGCACAUGCAAAGAGUCAGCGCUCGUGACGUCUGCCUUCUGA